AUGGGAACAAAAUUACCUAAAAAACCUAAUCUUCGUGUUCGUCAUAAUUUUCAUGAGUUAAACCAGUAUAAAAAUCUUCAACUUGAAUCUUUAUAUUUACGCGAAGCUUAUAUACGUAUUCAAGCAUGGAAACGAUAUCAAGAUAAAAUAUCUCAAGAACAUUCUAAUUGGCCAUUACCAAUUAAUGGUAAAACAUAUAAUAAACAUGAAGAAGUUAUUUAUAGUGUGAAUACAAAUAAUUAUAAUUAUGAUUCAUGGUUUCAUAGAAAUAUUUAUAAAAAUUUUCUAAUGAACGGUAAUCAAAGACGGCGACUUUUAACAUAUGAUUUUAAUCAAACUAUUUCAUAUAAAGAAACAAAACUUGAAAAAGAAGUACGAGAAUUAAAAGAAAAAUUAACAAAAUUUCAAUUAUAUAAAUUAAAUAAUAUUUAUCUUAAACCAAUGUAUCCAGUUUUACCAUCAAUACGUUAUUGUUUAUAUAAUGGUAUUAGUAAAGAAUUUGAAGGUCGUUUAGAUUAUUUAAACAAACGAAAAAUUUAUGCACCUAAUGAAAAAUAUUAUGAACCAUUAUGUUCAUCAUGGGAUAUUACAUGGAAUAUUAAAAAAAAUCUGUCAAAAUGA